UACCUUAAGUAUGGCUUGACUCUUGACCUAGUUCGCACAUCCUCGCAGCUCUAGACCAAAGCGUAGACUGAGUACGCCCCCCACCCUUCCCCUUCCCCUCGGCUAAGUGUCUUUUCUUUAGUAAGUAAUGAUGUUAGUGCGCUUAGAUUGAGUGUGUAGGGCCUACACUUGAAUGAAGUUUUAAGCGUGUUAACUCAGUAACUGCAUACUGUAUACACAUUUUCUGUGCAUGGAGAUCAGCGAAAACAAUGAAGCACUCGCCUUCGUUGUAUUGUAUCAGUGGCAGUUUUAAACUGGAAUGUAACAUUUGUUCUUCAAUGCAGCAAUGUAUCGUGCAGAAUACUUAUUGGAAAUUCGCUUUAAUUCUUUAUUACGAGAAAUUAAGCUACUGUCAAGAGACUGAAACCACAUCAAACCGCAGAAUUUUCGCAUCCCGUUGUGGCAGGAAAGCGAAAGAGAUAUUUUCAUCAUGAACGAUUCAUCAUGAAGGAUGCACUAUUCAACCAAAAAGUCACCGGCGAAGUGCUCAGCAUAAAAUCAAAGGGCACAAAUUAUGUAUAAAGACUCAUAGAUGCAAAGAAAUACCUGAGGAUCUGCUAUUAUCCUUUUGGACAGUCACUUGAGCAGAGCUGGGAAUCUACCUGAACCAUCAAAGUCAUGUUCAAUUCUUCAGCCAUAUAAAAAGAAGAAGAAAAAAACUCAAGGGGACUGUAGUCCACGUCUGAAAACUUUGUGGUAUGACACUCAUACCAAACAUAAUUUUCUUGUGAGGGUACUGGUAUUCAAAGAGUACUAGAAUUAAAUUCAAACCUUUUUUUUUUAUUUUAAAGAUAAGAAAGUUCAAAGUGGAGCCAGGAAAAUGUCGGAUUCUAAUACAAUGUCAACCCUUCAGAAAGCUGGGAAUCUAUUGAUCUCCUUAAUCUUUCGUAUGACUGUCAAGCUGACUGUGGAGCUGCUGAAAAUUGGCCUCAUCCUUGUCAUCUUAGUAGGGUUCUUUGCUGCUGUAAUUUCCUUCGUUGCCGCUACAGUCUGGUGGGUGUACACUCGCUCUGAUGGAAGCUUAUCGGCUGCCAUCUUGGCCUUGUGCUUGUCUGUCUUUGCAGUGUAUGCUUUGGCCUAUCUUACCCAGUUUGUGACACGUGAUGUUCUUCACCUGACAAACAUGUCGCUGCCUGGACUCAUCGUCUUCUUAUUCCGCUUGAUAUGGCACAAAAGGGGGUCUGCUGAGCAGAAACAGGAGGACAGUGGAAUUGGUCUUUGUAAUGCUCUCUUCGAUGAUAAUGAAAACCAGGAGAAAAAGAGGAGGUGAUGACAGAUUCUUGGGAACCUCUCAGUCUGUGAGCUCUUGUGAACUGCAUUGCCUUUCAUGGCUGAUGGUGUCCCUUUGAAUUGUGAUACUGAAACACAUACACUUGGACCACCAUCCGACAACUUAUCAUCCUGGAAUGCCUUAGAUCCUGCUUUUUUUUUUGUAGGACAAGGGAUAUAUUUACUGCAUGAAACUUCAUUCUGAGACCUUAAUUUUAUGGGGCAAGCUUGAUUAAUGAAUGUCUUGUCCUUGUGAAUCGUUAUCUAGCCAAAUAAUUCUUCAACAGUUUCAAUAGACAGUCUGCCUGUGUGGUCAGUUGUGAAACCUUGCAGGGAAAAGGUGAAAUAUAUUACUGUAUGUGUGUGUAUAAUUUAUAAAGGGGUUGCAAUUUAGAUACACUUCAAUUGGAUGAUUGCAGUAGAAUAUGUUUAGGCAAAUUAAAUUUGUUAGUCCAGUGUUCAACUCUUUGUUCAGAAGUGUCUUCAGUUGUAUAGUAUGCAGAUUACAGGAAGUAUCUGUUUUAUAAAGAAAGGUCAAAAUCCCUUUCUUGGCUGUUCAACAGAGGGGGCAAAUAGGUAAACCCCCUUCAGCAGAUAUUUUUCUCUCUUUGUUUCUCUCUUGUAAAGGCAUGAGGUAAUAUUGAAACACUUCAUAAUGUGUUCAGUGGCAAAAUUGUUUACCAAAAAAAAUGCUGUUUUCUCUUUAGCCGUUUGAUUUUGAAUAUUUUGAGUUGAAGUUGAAUAUCCAAAAAUGUUAAGUUUGGGACGACAUGAAUGUAUUCUUCCUGGGCAAUACAUAUGUUUUUCUUUGAGUUGAGUCACUAUACACUUCAUAGACUUUUUUUUUCUCUUUCUAUCAGAAUAUGCAUGAACAUCAAAUAUCCUGCUUCUGGAUACUAUUGAGUGGAAAGCAAUUGUAAGGGGUUUUUUUUAUUAGGGGCCUACAGUAUAACCCGGUAUGGUUGAACACAGAAUACUCGAGAUCACGCAUCUGUCGAACUGUGCCUGUGGUCCUUUUUUUUUCUUUUUUCUUCUUUAUCUUUGUAAGAAAAUUACACGAAGCUCGAACACAAACACAGAAUAGUCGAACUAAUUACACCGCCAUUGAGCUCUAAAGUCGAUGUCCUUUGAGUUACACUAGAGACAAAAUAGUAAAAAUAAAAAACGGAGAAAGGCAAGGCUGGUAAAAUACCCCCUCAGUCCCACACCCCUCCGCGGAAGCAGCUAGCUGUGUUCUUUUUAGUGCGCUACUCGACACGUGCCCUCUGUGUGUGUUUAGGUCCUAGGCCUAACUAGGCUUGUGUGGAGCGGGGGGGGGGGGGGGUUGUGCAUCAUACGAUGGGCCGCCCAACCCCUCUUUGCAAUUUGCAAAGGUGCACGCUUGGUGGGAGAGGCGGGGUAGGGCUGUAUUGUCUCGCCAUCGCGUUGUUGAUUACUGUUGCGAUAUGCUAAUCUUGUCAAAUUGUUUAUAUUUUGAAAAAUUUGAAAAGGCACCUUUCGAUUGGUGCCGACCACUCACACUGACCCGCGCAAUGUCUUGGUACCGGCAGGCUCAUUACUCAAACUCGAAUGUGUAGCUCAUGGUGUUUCUCAUUUUCAAUCUCUCAAUUUCAAAUUCAAGUUAAUAGACAUAGACCUAACCUAUCUGAUCUAGGACAAUGGCCGAAAAAAAAA